AUGCAAUUACUUGAACAAGCACAAACAUUAUUAAAUUUUGAUGGUCAAUCACCAUUUGAUGUUAAUAUUCUCGAUGCUGUUGUUAAUACGAUGUAUCGAGGACAGGGUGAUGCCCAACGACAAGCAAGUGAAGUAUUAAAUGUAUUACGUGAUCAUCCUGAUGCUUGGACUAAAGUUGAUAGUAUAUUAGAAUAUUCCAAAUGUCAAGAAACAAAAUAUUAUGCAUUACAAAUUCUUGAAAAAACAAUCAAAACACGAUGGAAAGCAUUACCAAAAGAACAAUGUGAAGCAAUUAAACAAUAUAUUGUGAGUUUAGUUAUCUCACAUUCACAAAAUCCUGAAUUAAUGGAACGUGAAAAGGUUUAUUUGAAUAAAUUGAAUAUUAUUCUCGUACAAAUCUUAAAACAUGAAUGGCCAAAGAAAUGGCCAAAUUUUAUUAGUGAUAUUGUUGAAGCAAGUAAAACAAGUGAAUCAAUGUGUCAAAAUAAUUUAGAAAUCUUAAAACUUCUUAGUGAAGAAGUCUUUGAUUUUUCAUCAGGUCAAAUGACACAAGCAAAAGCAAAACAUUUAAAAGAUACAAUGUGUAAUGAAUUCACAAAAAUUUUUCAACUGUGUGAAUAUGUUGUGGAUAAAUCUCGUCAUCCACCAUUGCUUUUGGUUACACUAGAAACACUCUUACGUUUUCUUAGUUGGAUACCACUUGGUUAUAUAUUUGAAACAAAUAUGGUCAAUACACUUAUUGAAACAUUUUUUACAGUACCAAUGUUUCGAAAUGUAACACUUCGUUGUUUAACUGAAAUUGCGAGCAUUCAAGUUGCACAAUAUGAAGAUAAAUUUAUUGACUUCUUUCGUCGAACCAUGAUUCAAUUGAAAACAGUUAUGCCAUUAACAAUUGAUUUAAAAUCUGCUUAUCGUUCAGCAAAAGAUGAUGAUCAAAAAUUCAUUCAAAAUUUAGCAUUAUUUCUAUCAAAUUUUUUAAAAGAACAUGGUGUUUUAAUUGAACGUACACCAGAUUUAAAAGAAACAUUACUUGAAGCAUUACAAUAUCUUGUUUUAAUAUCCGAAGUUGAGGAAAUUGAAAUAUUUAAAAUAUGUUUGGAAUAUUGGAAUAUAUUAAGUGCUGAACUUUAUCGUGAAUCACCAUAUCAACAAUCAACACCAUCAUUUUUACGUUCAAGCAAUUCAAAUAAUGUACCAACACGACGUCAAUUUUAUAAUGUGAUGCUUUCAAAAGUUCGUCGAAUUAUGAUUUCACGUAUGGCACGACCAGAAGAAGUGCUUGUCGUCGAAAACGAACGUGGAGAAGUUGUACGUGAAUUUAUGAAGGAUACAGAUGCUAUUAAUCUUUAUAAAAAUAUGCGUGAAACUCUUGUUUAUUUGACUCAUUUGGAUUAUGUGGAUACAGAAUCAAUUAUGACAGAAAAAUUAGCAAAUCAAGUUAAUGGAACUGAAUGGUCAUGGAAAAAUUUGAAUACACUUUGUUGGGCUAUUGGUUCCAUUUCAGGCGCUAUGGUUGAAGACGACGAAAAACGUUUUCUUGUUACUGUUAUUAAAGAAUUACUUGGCUUAUGUGAACAAAAACGUGGUAAAGAUAAUAAAGCUAUCAUCGCAUCAAAUAUUAUGUAUGUUGUUGGUCAAUAUCCUCGUUUUCUUCGUGCACACUGGAAAUUUCUUAAGACAGUUGUUAAUAAACUUUUUGAAUUUAUGCAUGAAACACAUGAAGGUGUACAAGAUAUGGCCUGUGAUACAUUUAUAAAAAUAGCACAAAAAUGUCGUCGACAUUUUGUAACAAUUCAAUUAGGUGAAUCACAAGCAUUUGUUGAUGAAAUUUUAACGAAUAUUAAUGGAAUUAUUUGUCAUUUGGAACCACAUCAAGUUCAUACAUUUUAUGAAGCUGUUGGUAAUAUGAUUGCAGCUAGUAUUGAUAAUGUUCAACAAACAAAAUUAAUUGAAAAAUAUAUGCAAUUACCAAAUGAUGUUUGGAAUACAAUUAUAUCUGAAGCAAAAAAAUCUGUUGAUUGUUUAAAAGAUCCUGAAGUUGUUAGUAAUAUAUUAAAUAUACUUAAAACAAAUAUUCGUGCAUCAAAAGCAUUAGGUGCACCAUAUGUUCAUCAAUUAACAAAAAUUUAUCAAGAUAUGUUACAUAUCUAUAAAGUAACAUCUGAGAAUAUUAAUCAAGCUAUACGUAUGAAUGGUCCUAUGGUUGUUAAACAACGUUUAAUUAAAUCAAUGAUGGCUGUUAAAGAAGAUACAUUAAUUUUACUUGGAAGUUAUUUUUCAAAAGCAACAAAUAUUCAGCAAAUACUUGAUCAAUUUUUAACACCAUUAUUUACAUUUGUCUUAGUUGAUUAUCGUGAUUGUCAUCCUGAAGCUCGUGAAUCUGAAGUAUUAAAUAUGAUAGCAACAUUAAUUAAUAAAAUUGAAGAUAAAUUAACAAAUCGUAUACCAGAAAUAUUUGAUUUAACAUUUGAAUGUACACUUCAUAUGAUUGAUAAAAAUUUUGAAGAUUUUCCUGAUCAUAGAAAAAAUUUUUAUGUACUUCUUCAAUCAGUUACAAAUGUUUGCUUUCCAGCAUUAUUAGCAUUGAAUGCAACACAAUUUAAACUUGUUUAUGAUUCAAUUAUGUGGGCAUUAAAACAUACAAUGCGUACAAUAUCGGAAUUAGGUUUGGAAAUUUUACAAAUUAUGCUAAGAAAAUUUCAAACAUGUGAUCCACAAGCAGCACAAACCUUUUAUCAAGUUUAUUAUCUUGAAACAAUGCAACAUAUUUUUGCUGUUGUCGCUGAAUGUUCACAUACAUCAGGUUUAACAGCACAUUCUCAAAUCUUAGCAAAUCUAUUCUGUAUCGUUGAACAAGGCCUUAUUAAAGUUCCAUUAUCAAGUGAAGUUCAAGAUCCAUCACAAAAUUUACUUUAUGUCCAACAAUUUAUGGCCAAUCUAUUGAAAACAGCUUUUCCACAUUUACAAGAUAAUCAAGUUAAAGUUAUAAUUGAAGGUUUUGUUACAUUAGAUCAAGAUAUAGCAGGUUUUAAAGAACAUUUACGUGAUUUUCUUGUUCAAAUUCGUGAAGCUACUGGUAAUGAUACAGCUGACUUAUAUUUAGAAGACCGCGAACAAACAUUAAAACGUGCAGCUGAAGAAAAACGCAAAGUGCAAAUGAGUGUUCCCGGUAUUCUUAAUCCACAUGAAAUUCCAGAAGACAUGCAAGAUUAA